GCAGAGAACCAAGCAUGCAUCUGGAUCACCAAGACACAAAGGCUUGAAGAAAACCCAUUUCAUCAAGAACAUGAGGCAGUAUGAUACAAAGAAUAGCAGGAUUGUACUCAUCUGUGCCAAGCGGUCCCUGUGUGCAGCCUUCUCAGUCCUGCCCUAUGGAGAGGGCCUGCGGAUCAGUGACCUGAGGGUGGACAGUCAGAAGCAAAGGCACCCAUCUGGCGGCGGCGGCGUUUCUGUCUCUUCUGAGAUGGUCUUUGAAUUGGAAGGCGUUGAGCUGGGAGCAGAUGGAAAGGUUGUGUCUUAUGCAAAGUUCCUGUAUCCCACUAAUGCCUUGGUCACACACAAGAAUGACAGCCAUGGCUUGCUGCCCCAGCCUCGGCCCAGCAUUCCCCGGGCUCCACCAGGUUCAAGACACAAACCUGUGCCAACCAAGUCAACACCAGCUGGCACAGAACUAGGAAGCGACGGGGGAGAUGCAGUAGAAUACAACCCCAACCUCCUGGAUGACCCACAGUGGCCGUGUGGGAAGCACAAGCGUGUACUCAUCUUUGCCUCAUACAUGACCACUGUUAUAGAGUAUGUGAAGCCUGCAGACCUCAAAAAGGACAUGAACGAGACCUUCAGGGAGAAGUUCCCUAAGUUCCCUCAUAUCAAACUGACAUUGAGCAAAAUUAGGAGUUUAAAACGGGAGAUGCGGAACCUUUCUGAAGAGUGCAGCUUGGAGCCUGUGACCGUGUCCAUGGCCUACGUGUACUUUGAGAAGCUUGCACUGCAGGGCAAGCUCAACAAACAGAACCGCAAACUGUGUGCUGGCGCCUGUGUUCUGUUGGCUGCCAAGAUCAGCAGUGACCUCCGCAAGAGUGAAGUGAAGCAGCUUAUUGACAAGCUGGAGGAAAGGUUCCGGUUCAACAGGAAGGAUCUCAUUGGAUUUGAGUUCACGGUGCUUGUGGCUUUGGAACUGGCCCUGUACCUCCCGGAGAACCAAGUAUUACCUCACUACAGACGCCUCACCCAGCAGUUCUAGCCCAGAACAGUGCACCCCACAGGGAGCCUGCUUUGGCAGGAAGAAAAGACGGCCCAUUAAGGCCUGCUGCUGACUCUGCACCACACUUGAUCCUCAAGCAGGAAGGUACUGACCCUGCCACCUAACAGCACAUCAGUGACUCCUCACAAGUAGAUGCCAUCCAGGCCAACUUGCCUGUGUAUUGACUGUGCCACUGUCUUCCUGCUGGCACCAGACAAGAGCCAUCCUCCACCUUCCCAGGCCUGUUAUUCCCCACAACUGGUCACCAGCCUGGCAGAUGCCAUUCCCACUGCUCUCAAGUGCUUGGUUCCACAGCUACUCAUCCCAGAAAUGCUUACCCUCUCAAGCCUGACACCACUCAACUACCUAAUGGAUGUUAGUAGCUUAAACAGAGACCUUGAAGGAUAGUAAAUUCUAGCCUUCUACCCUGCCCAUGCUUAUGCUGGUGUAAGCAUGCUGUCCUUAGAGCACCUGGGUGCCAUCUGCAGACAGUGAUGUCUUACUUAAAAUGAACUUUAGAUACA